AUGUACUGGUUUCGUUUAUCAGCCAUUGCCUUCCAUGCGUCUUUGGCGCUUGCUUCGGUUGGAGAUUGGCUUCCCGAGUUCCAGAAAUGCUUACUGCACUGUGACGAGUUGUACUCAUGUUCCAAUCCACGUCUGGAUCACCCACUUCCCCAGCUUGUUCUCGACUCUGUUCCUCCAUCUUCAUACCAGUUAGAAGAGUUUGAAAAGUUUAGUGUGAAUCCAGUGUGUCGGAUUGUUUUCCUGUGGGACUGUCUGCUGGAUUGUAACUAUAAAUGCCAGCGAUUGGUGACAAUUUCACGUGAAAACAAUGGCCAUGAAAUCGUGCAAUUUUAUGGAAAAUGGCCGUUUGUACGGAUUUUGGGAAUCCAAGAGUUUGCCUCAGUGGUAUUUUCGAUCGGAAACAUGAUGGCUAGCUACCGAAACUGGCCAAAAUUGCAGAAACAAUUCAAAAAACACGGAUCCAAUAGCGACGUUGCGACAAUGUACUGGCAGUAUAUGGUGCUUGUGGUUGUUAGUGUAGUUGGCUGGACAUUCAGUACGCUUUUCCAUACACGGGACAACAAUAUCACCGAAACUUUGGACUAUUUUGGUGCAGCAGGCAUUAUUUUGGCAAAUUUCAAUGCCAUUAUGGUUCGGUACUUUGACCUUUUUCGGUCAAAAAACCACCAGAGACGAUUUGUUUUUCAAUGUGGAUUAAUAACAGUGUUUGUGCUCCAUUGCUGCAAACUUUUAAGGCGCUGGGAUUACCUUUACAAUAUGGCAUUUGGGUUAUUUUUCGGUCUCAGUUCAUUGGCAUUGUGGAUUUUACAUUCUUUGGCUGUUUCUCGAAUUGUAGCCAAAAACCCUCAUUUCUUCAAUAAUUCAAUCCAGCUACUCCCAUUCGAGACUAAAAUCCUUUCAAAACUUGAACAUGUUGGUUUUGCAGAAUCCAAGUAUAUUCCUACACUUCCAGUAUUUCUCAACAUUUGGAUGGUUUUGGGAAUGGCUUUUGAACUUAUGGAGUUUGAUCCAGUAUGGGGUAUCUUUGAUGCUCAUUCAAUGUGGCAUUUCUUUACUAUAUUUCCCAGUUUAAUCUGGUACGACUGGAACAUAUGGGACAUCGAGUUGGAUAUGGUGCAACGAAAGCGGUAG